ACUUGGACUGGCCUAGCACCAGAGCAGCUACCCAGCGAGACAAUCAGGGGAAGCGAGAAGAUGGGGCCAGUCGCCUACUUCAGCCUCUGCCUCCUCGGCUGCCUGAUCUUUAACCCCUCGCUGUCAGGGGUACAGGCUGUGUCCUGUCCCAGGUGUUCGCUACCUUUCCAAGACAACUGCUAUCGAUAUGUCCACCAAGAGAAAAACUGGACGGAGGCUGAGGCUGAGUGCCAGCAGCAUUGGCCUGGGGCCCAUCUCGCCUCCAUUCACAGUGCCGAAGAAAAUAAUAAGCUGGCCCAUUACAUCAAGGGGGACCCCACAAAGAACAAUCCCGUCUGGAUCGGACUCUCAGACCCUCAGCAUGACCAAACCUGGAGAUGGUCAGAUGAUUCUUCAUUCAACUUCAGAGCUUGGGAUAAGGGGCAACCCAAUAAUCUGACAGGAGACGAGCACUGCACAGUGUUAUUUUACGAUACAGGUUUUCCGAAAUGGCAUGAUUAUCCCUGUGACACCAAAUUCUCUUUCAUUUGUAAGCGCAAAGCCUAA